AUGGCGCUUAAGGUGGACAUGGAACAAGACUACGAUUGCAUGUCAUGGGAUACGCUGCACCGUGUUAUGGACGCCAUGGGUUUCUUGGCCAGGUUUAGCCGCUGGGUGUUGGCGUGUGUUUGCGAACCUCGGUUUGCUUUCCUCCUGAAUGGCAACCGCUCGCAUUGGAUCAAUGCCCAUUCUGGGCUUAGGCAGGGAUGUCUGCUGUCGCCUUAUCUUUUUAUCCUCUGCUCAGAGCUGCUUACUAAGGCGUUCAAUCAGUCUGGGGCUGGCCUAGGAGUGCAAAUUGUGAUCAAUGGGAAACGGGUGUCUCAUCUGUUGUAUGUCGACGACAUCCUUGUCUUUGCAGAAGCUAGCCUUGCCAAUGCAAAGUGUAUCUAUGGCAUCUUGGCGGACUAUUGUGGUUGGACGGGGAAGAAAAUCAACAUCAAUAAGUCGGCUAUCAUCUUCAACAAACGAUGCCCCAGGUGGAAAGGUAGAAGGAUUGCUAGACUCUUGGGCUAUAAAAUGGUAUCCUCUCUGGACUAUCUUGGCAUUCCGUUGCUUACUCGGAGAUUGCUUAAGGCGGAUUAUGCCAAAACAGUGACUAAGGCGGUGGCGAAGAUCAAUGUGUGGGGGAAGCGGCAUCUCUCCCUUGCGGGCCGUGCUACCAUCAUUCGGACUUCUUUGCUUUCUGUUCCGAUGUACUGUAUGACGUUGACGGGGAUCCCAAGGGGAAGUCUGGAGUUUAUUGAGAAGAUUGGGAGACAAUUUUUAUGGCGGAAGAAUUCGAAUAGCCGUGGACUCCAUUAUGUGGCUUGGAGUGAGCUAUGCAAGCCGACGGAGAUGGGAGGUCUGGGCUUUCACUCGUCUGUGGAUUGGAUUGGCCCCCUCCGGGCUAGGCUUGCUCUAAAUUUUAUCCAACAGCCCGACACCCUGCUGCAUCACAUUUUGCGGGAGAAAUAUGGUGACAAUCCGUGGGUGGAAUGGCCUGGACGCAAUGUGUCGAUCUCAUGGCAAAUUAUGAAUGAUGGGGCCAAUGCCUUGCGGACAAUCAUUCGGUGGAAGAUUGGGGAUGGUAAGACCGUGAAUGUCCUUAGUGACAUUUGGGUGCUGGAUCGUCAGCUUGAUGAAUGGCCAGCUUAUGGCGAUCUGAGCAGGUUGGAGCAUUGGCAGGUGAGCCAGCUCUUUACCGAGAAUGGUGAUUGGGAUGCUGGCUUGCUGGGUCAGUGGGGCUUUCAUAUGCCGGCUGCUAUCUCCUUUGAUGCGAUGAUCCGGAACCUCGAAGAGAUGGCCGGGCAUAAUCCGGGCCUUGGUAGAAUUUUUUGCUCGGCUGUCUACCAUGCCUGGCGGGCCCGUAAUGACAAGAAGCAUGGCCGCAAUUGGGGAUCCCCGACGAUUGUUGCGGCUACGGUUCUGGGAGCAUUUGCUAAACCUCAUUUGAUGCCUUUUGUGGAGCAGUGGCACAUCAAUCAGCCGCCUGGGUUGUCCGUUCCUCCAAAAUGGUGUGUCCCCCCUCCAAAUUGGCUCAAAUUCAACUUUGAUGCUUCAUUGCUUUCGUCGAAUCUUGCGGGGUUGAGCUUAGUGGUUCGUGACCACUGUGGUAACUUGAUUGUGGCUACCGGUCAACAACUUGAACAUUGGGAUGCCGCUACUGCGAAACUUCUGGCGGUGAGCACUAUUAAGAAUGUCAUUGACGAUUGGAUGCUUGACCGUGCGGGCAUUAUCAUUGAGGGAGAUUGUUCCAAUAUUAUUGAGUGGCUUGAGCAGCUUCGCCACCAUCAACACAACUUGCAUCGCCGGAGGGAAGGGCCGGACUUCUCUUUUUUUACUCUUUUCCAGCAGGUUCUUUUUAAUCGUGUGCCUAGAUGUUGUAAUAGGGCGGCCGACUUUUGUGCUAGAAGGGCGCUUGAGGGUAAUUUUACUUGGAAAAAUGUAUGGGGUGAUGAUAUUCCUUGCACUUUUGUCUCUUUGCUAAGGGAGGAAAGUGUGAGGAGCUAG